AUGGACGUCACGUCAUCAACUUCAAGCAUAUUUAAUCUAGUCGCUAUUUCUGUUGAUAGGUAUAUUGCUGUAACACAACCAAUAAAAUAUGCUAAACAUAAAAACAAUAGACGAGUUUGGUUCACCAUAGUUCUGGUGUGGCUCGUCUCGGCCGCAAUUGGAGCUCCUAUCGUUCUUGGUUUGAACGAUACCCCGCAUAGAAAUUUCGAUGAGUGCCUCUUCAACAGUCAGAACUACGUUAUCUAUUCUUCACUAGGAUCCUUUUAUAUUCCAUGUAUUAUGAUGAUGUUCCUAUACUAUAAUAUUUUUAAGGCAUUAAGAAACCGUGCCAAGAAACAAAGAGCAGCAAAAAAACCACCUGUCCCUGGGGAUCCAAUGACAGGAACGACAGCAGCCAUAGUUAUAGAAAAUAUAGCACAAACAAGGCAUCUUGAAACAGCUUUGGAUGAUCGACCUACAAAUACUGGGUCAGGCAGUAAUGAAGAAGAUCAUGAAGAUAGUUUUGACAAACGUUCAGUGGAUUUGGAAGCGGAUGCGGAUGAGUGUCACGUUAUUCCCAACGACAAAUCUACAGAGUUCAUGCUGGCAGCUGUCACAGAUAGUAAAAUAAAAACACCGAAAAGAAGUAUUAGGUCUCAACCUAUGCCAGAUCCAAAUGGCAACAAUGAUUCUGGAUAUUCGCCUUCAAAUAUAGACGACGCUGUUAAAGGGCAUGUCUCACCCCCCGGCUCACCAGCAACGAAAGAUGUGACAAUUUUAAAGAACAUGUCCUGUGAGAAAUGGAAGAAAAAUGGAAAACGAGUGGAUACAGAUUCAAGAAAUGCAUCAAUUGCCUUUCGAUCUGACGACGACCUUAGAUCCAGUCACUACGAUAUACGGGAUGGCUCAACGUGUAAAAAAGAAAGAAAGGCCAGUGCAGCAACAGCACGCUUCACCAUCUACAAAGCAAAUAAAGCGAGUAAAAAGAAAAGAGAGAAAUCAUCUGCAAAAAAAGAGCGAAAAGCUACUAAAACACUAGCUAUUGUUUUGGGUGUAUUCCUCUUCUGUUGGACUCCAUUUUUCACGUGUAACGUCUUGGACGCAAUUUGUGGGAAGCUUGGCCUUCAAUUCACUCCUGGAGUCACCGUUUUCAUGUUCAACACUUGGCUCGGCUACAUCAAUUCCUUCUUGAACCCCGUUAUCUAUACAAUUUUUAAUCCUGAAUUUAGAAAGGCUUUUCGAAAAAUACUUAAAUGCAGUACC